CGGCUACUGCUACACGAUUGGCUGCUCUUUUGACAGAGGGGUGUAGCCUAGAUCCGGAGGAGAGGGAGAGGGAGAGCGAGAGACACAGAGUGUGUGCAAGAGAGAGAGAGAGAGAGUAGCUGUGCAUGGCAGUAGGAGGGAUUGCCUGUUAGAUGCAGCUGCCGAUAAUAGCAGACAUCAGCACUGGCUUCGAGACGGAGUGCACCGGCAGAGCAGAGUACUGCCUGCGGAGAGAGCGAGAGAGAGACGAGAGGAGAAAAGAAAAGAAGAGAGAACACAACAGAGGAAGACGCUAGAACACGAGAGAAGGAUCCAGACUGCUGAACAAUAGAGAGAAAGAAAGGAAGAAAGAGCAGUCAGAGUCGAACGAGUAGAGCAAGAAAUAAAGAAGGCAUAUACGCACGUUUGACAGAGAGAGAGAGAGAGAGAGAGAGAGAGAGAAGAGUGUGAGGAGAGGGAGGACCAGGAGAAGUUGAAAGCUGCCUGGAAGCGUCCUGCCUUUCCUCUGCGUCCGCAGGCUCUGCUGAGAUCAGCGGAGGAAUGAGAGAAGAGAGCAGCUGAUCUGGACACUCGUUUACCCAGGGGGGUCCACCGGACAGACAGGGACAGAGGGAGAGAGAGAGAGCGUGUGUGUGAGAGCAGGAGAGAGAGAGAAAAGGAGGCAGAAGGCGAGAGGAAGAUACAGCCAAAACUUCCCCCAGACACCAGAGUGGACUACCAGGUUAUGCUCCUCUCUGGUCAGCUACACAGCGAGAGCUCAGAUCAGCAGACACUCACUCACACUUACACACACACACACACACGUGCGUCUCCACAUCCCCCCUCACUAACCUACUGGCCGAGAAAGCUCAUUAAUCCCAGUGUGUGAAGGGGACAGAAAGAGAGAAGGAAAAGGAGAUAUUUCUGCCUCAGAUCUCUCUCGGAAGCCUGCUUCUGACUGUGCUACUUUUGGAAACAGAUCACCUUUUUCUUCUGCGUUUCUUAGUCGUUUUUUUUUUCUGCUGGCGUGCAGUUGCGUUUACAUGUUUUUUAUUCUUAUGAUUCGCCCCUACCACGCGACAUGGUCGAGUAUGCAGUAGAGUCCCGCGCCGCUGAAGCCCCCAGGCAUGGAGAAGUCAAGUAGCGAGGAGUCGGCCAUCCACCGCAGUCCCUCCUUGGACAGCCACGACUCGGAGUUUGCGCGCGCCUCUGCCGCUACCGGGGGUCGGCGGUUUGGGGGCCGCGGCUUCACCGCCGGAGCCUUUUACGGCUCCACAGGGCCCCGUGCGGGGGCCGCAGCCGCAGCUGCCAAUUCGGGCGCAAGCGCUCAGGCCCCGUGCGAGGGAGCCAACCCCUGCAUCGCCGCUACCGGCACAAACAUUACCGGAGACAAGAGCGCAGAGAACAAGUACAAGGCGCCCAAGGGCAGCAAGUACGUGGUGUUUUACCUGGAUCUAUCCUUUGUGUUCCUCCUAGAGUUCAAGAAGUGCAACAUGGCGCGCGGCUGCCUGUGCUGUCUCAAAUACAUGAUGUUCCUCUUCAACCUCAUCUUCUGGCUAUGUGGCUGUGGUCUGCUGGGCGUGGGCAUCUGGCUCUCAGUGUCCCAGGGCAGCUUUGCCACCUUUUCGCCCUCCUUCCCCUCCCUCUCUGCCGCCAACCUGGUCAUCGCCAUAGGAGCCAUCGUCAUGGUGACCGGCUUCCUCGGCUGCCUGGGUGCCAUCAAGGAAAACAAGUGCCUGCUUCUGAGCUUCUUUAUUGUCUUGCUGGUCAUCCUGCUGGCAGAGCUCAUAUUGCUCACCCUGUUCUUCGUGUACUCUGACAAGGUCAGUGAGAAUGCUAAGCAGGAUCUGAAAGACGGCCUGGCUCUCUACAACACGAAUAACAACAUCGGCCUGAGGAACGCCUGGAACAUCAUACAAGCAGAGUGGAAGUGUUGCGGAGUGACUGGCUACACAGACUGGCACGAGGCGCUGCAGGAGAAGGUGGUGCCCGACCGCUGCUGCCAAGAGCAUUACCAGGAGUGUGGGCGCAACUCCACCAACAUGUUCUGGAACCGGGGGUGCUAUGAAAAAGUGGAGGAGUGGCUCGAUGACAAUAAGAAUCUGCUGUGGAUGAUCGCCAUGGUUAUACUGGUUGUGCAGCUCCUGGGCAUGGCUUUCUCCAUGACGCUGUUCCAGCAGAUCCAUCGGACAGGGAAGAAGUACGACGCUUAACAGCCACACGCUCCCAGCUCGCAACCCCUCUACCCCCCCCGCCCAUCGCCCAUCGCCCAUCGCCUCAGCCACCCCCACACACCGAGGAAUCCUGGGAUGGACUCUGGAGGACCCCUGUUACAACCCCUUCAUCUCCUCUCAUCUCUUCAGUGUCCUGUGGUCCUGUCAGCUUCAUCCAACAUGCUCCCCUAGCUCCGCUACUCCAGAGCCCACCUGCCUCGCCCCCCGCUUCCCAUCCCCCACAACCACCACCACCUCCACCUCCACCUGCUCCGCUCUUCACUUCUCGUUUGCCAAAGAGAGACACAGGACAGUGGAGCAGAGGAGCGCUGGCUUUCGCCAGGGCCACAAGGAUGGCUGCCUCGCAUUUUUCUACAGAAGCACACUCAACCCAUACUGUUUUUCUCUCUCCCAUCCACUGCCACCCCCAACCCCCUCCUCUUUUAUUUUCUCCUUCGGCUUGGACUAACGAACUGUUUGCAGGAAGGGGGGACAAAACAAACAAAAACAAAACAUUCAAACAACUCUUCUGAAAACUGGGACGGCUUCAUUGCUUUACUAACACAGAUUUACAGAGGCACUCACACAGACACAAACAAAACACACACUUCGACGCCCCACUUCCCACCCACCUUGUUGUAAGGCAAAGGAGAGAGAGGAAGAGAACAGAAAACAAACUGAUGUUUUUCGGGGGCCCCUCUGCCUGUCGUGGCUUUGUACCUAAGUGUAGCUAAAUGUUAACAGCCUCCCUCAGUGUAAAUGAUUAAAGAGCCCUACCCUUUAGCAUGCUCAAGUUUUCUACUCUAUGGACUCCUUUCCCUGUUAAGGUGACAUCCAUUUGCUUUUGUUUGUUUGUUUGUUUGUUUUGUUUUGUUUCAGUUCAGAACAGCUAUUACACGCCCCCUGUACGUGUGAUUUUUAUGACACCUGUUUGGCUUUGUGAACCAGUGGAGGAGGUGGGGUUUGCCGUGUCAGUACUGGGGGCUAGCGGCUGAGAAUAGCGGCCCAUUGACGGUCCAUUCAAGAGUCAGCUGCCAUCUUGGGGGGGUGGGGGGUUUGUGGAAAUGGAAAUAUUGCAGAGUGAUAUGGGAGCUCUCAGCAGCAAAGCCUGCACUGUGUAACGGUUACACAAGCUCAGCUCUCUCUGUUGGACAGGAGGGUCGCCUUAGCGAGAAACACACACACAAACAAACACAAACACACACACACACACACACACACACACAAGUUAAUUCACCCAAAUCAUACACACACAAGUUAAUUCACCCUAAUCAUCAAACAAACAAAACAUCCCCAGAGGCGACCGAGGGAGAAUUAAUUGUGCUGGCUGUGUAUCUCCUGUGCGCUGAACUGCAUUCCUGUGAGGGCCUGGGCUUCUGCUCACCAGAGACCAGCAGAAACACAUCUAUAGGCGUCAUGCCUCCACACGCGCCGGUGUCUGCCAUCUGGGAGAUGGAGCAGUAGGCUUGUAGGGAGCUAAGACGUGCGGCGCAGUCCCAAUGGAGAGCCACCAUCACCACCACCACCCCCCUCCCCAGGCCAUAACUGACCUGUUUAGUUAUUGAUCGUCUGUCUGUCUGUCUGGUUGUCUGUCUGUCUGUCUGUCAGUGGAGCGUCUGAGCAGGAAGGGUUUUUAGGGUAGGAGCAGCCUUAUCUUCACUCCCUCACAUCUUUCUUUUAUCUCUCCUCUGAUUAUUUUUCUUUCUUUUUCUCCUAUCACACUUAUCAUUUCGGUCGCACAGAUAAAGCAGUCACACUUUAAGACGGGGCAGAGCUGCAGUCUCGUCUGUUGCCACAAUGGCGAUGGCAGUGGCUGUGGUCGGACGACACUCAGCAGGGGCUGGCUGUGACAGCUGCAUCAAAGCCGCCAGCGAUUGAUGUAGUUGGCGAAUGAACGAGAAUACGAACAAACGAACAUCCAGCUAAUCUCGUCGAUUUACUGCUGCGCCACACACAUUGCUUUGAUAACACACACACGCAC